AUGGCAGAUCCUAAAGCCUUGUCUGCAAAGAACAAGAAAUUGUUGGCGAAGAUCGAGCUAAACUUGGCUAUAUCUAAUUCCACAAGCAGCCUAACAUACAUUGAUGCAAUGGCAAAGAAGGAAAAAUCUUCACCCGCACUGAAAUCGGCACUCGAGUACUGCGUUUCACAGUAUCAAUAUACUGUGCAGUGUUUUAAAAUGGCUUUGAUGGAUUUGGAUGUUGAUCCUGAGACUGCAAAUUAUGAUGCGUUUGUUGCUAAUGAUGGUCAAUAUUACUGUGGAGAACAGCUGAAUUCUAAAGGGUUUCAUUCCCAAGUUGUGGAUUCAAUUAAUACUGGAAAUUAUUAUGUGAUGCUGUAUAGUCGCAUUGGACAAAUUAUUACCAAUAAGAUGACCUGA